CGGGAGCUCCCGGCGCUUCGCUCUGCCCAGCGAGGAUGAUGCGAGCGGCUCUCCCCGCCGCGCCGCGGCGGCUGCUGGCCGGCUUGCUGCUGCUGGCCGGCUGCGCGGGGCUCGGCGAGCCGCAGCCGGGCAGCGCCGCCGCGUCCUCGCCGUGGGAGCCGGAGGCGGCCGCCGUCGUGGUGGCCAACCGCGGGCUGCGGGUGCCGCUGGGGCGCUCCGCCUGGCUGGACCCCGCGAGGGACCUGGUGCUGCGGGUGCAGCCGGGGGACCGCUGCCACCUCACCGUGCUGGACGAGGACCCGCUGUGGCAGCGGCCGGGCCGCCUGAGCCCCCGGCGCUUCCCCUGCGACUUCGGCCCCCGCGAGGUGCGGUACUGGCACCUGGGCGGCCGCAGCCCCGCCCGCGACCGCGUGCGACUGCAGCUGCGCUACGACUCGGCGAGCCGCGCGCUGGUGCUGCCGCUGGCGCUGCAGGUGGAGGUGCUGUUCACGCAGCUGGAGAUCGUCACCCGCAACCUGCCCCUCGUCGUGGAGCGCCUGCGGGGCACCAGCAGCCCGCUGGACGCGCGCAGCCUGGAGUUCGCCUUCGAGCCGGGCCGACAGCGCUGCCGCGUGGGGCUGCUGCCGCCGCUGGCCGGGCUGCCCCGCUACGGGGAGAUCGUGGGGAUCCCCGCGGCGGCGGCGGCGGCGGGCGGGGAAGCGGCGGGCGGUGUCCCGAUGCCAGACUCCAUGUGGGACUGCGAGGAGUUCCUGCGGCUGGGGCUGCGCUACCGGCACACGGCGGCCGGCGGGUCCCCCAACCGCGACCUGGUGCCGCUGGUGGCCGAGCUGCGGGAGGCGGCGGGCGCCGGGGCGCUGCUGAAGCGCGAGUACUUCCAGGUGCUGGUGCGGAUCCGGGCUGGGAGCGAGAACGUGGCCCCCAAGCCCAGCUUCUUGGCCAUGCUCAUGAUGGAGGUGGACCAGUUCGUCCUCACCGCCCUCACGCCGGACAUGCUGGCGGCUGAGGAUGCCGAGACGCCGCCAGAUCUGCUGCUCUUCAACAUCACUUCGCCCUUCGGCCCUGGCCAGGGGCACAUGGUCAGCACGGAUGACCGGAGCUUGCCCAUCUCCUCCUUCAGCCAGCGGGACGUGAGGGAGCUGCGCAUCGCCUACCAGCCACCCGUGGAGGACUCCGAUCGGGAGCGGCUCUUUGAGCUCGAGCUGGAAGUGUUGGACCCCGAGGGUGCUGCCUCAGAGCCCUUUGCCUUUGUGAUUGUGGUGAAGCCCAUGAACACCCUGGCACCCGUUGUGACUCGCAACACCGGCCUCCUGCUCUAUGAGGGGCAGUCACGGCCUCUCUCAGGCCCCGGUCCCAGCCCCAACCUGGUCAUCAGCGAUGAGGAUGACCUUGAGCAGGUGAGGGUGAGUGUGGUGGCAGGGCUGAGGCACGGCCACCUUACUCUGCUGGACGACACCCCAGAACCUGCUGCCCCUCGUAAACACUUCACAGUGGCCGAGCUGGCGGCAGGCCGGGUCAUCUACCAGCAUGACGGCAGUGAGUCUCCGCUCAGUGACAAUCUGGUGCUGCGACUGGAAGAUGGUGGCUCGCGGCACCGUGUUGAGUUCCUUUUCCCCAUUACUGUGGUGCCCACUGAUGACCAGCCGCCCCUGCUCAACGCUAACACCGGGCUGGACAUGGCUGAGGGUGAAACGGUGCCCAUCACCACCCGUGCUCUUAGCGCCACUGACAUCGACUCACAGGAUGCCAUCCUGCUCUUCACAGUAGAGUCUGGUCCCGCUGCUGGGCGGCUCCUGCUCCGUCAAGUGCAGCCACCUCCUGACUGGGAAGAUGAGGACGAAGAUGAGAGCUUUUCUUGGAGGAGAGUCGCAGGUUCAGCAGGGAGCUCUAUAAUCUAUGAAAAGCCAGUGAGAGAAUGGCUGCAGCAGGACAUUGUGGAAGGGCGUCUCUACUACCACCACUUUGGGCCUCACAGCCCUGGCCCUGCGGUUGUGUUGGACCAGUUUGUCUUUAGAGUCCAGGAUGACAAUGACCCACCCAACCGCUCCGGACCACAGACUUUCAUGAUUCGAGUACAUCCCAUAGACAGAUUAGCCCCAGAGCUACACAGUAGCAGCAGCCUGCACUUAAUAGUUGCAGAACAGCAAGUAACCCCACUGCGAAGGAAGCACUUGUGUUACACAGAUCAGGAUUCAGGGGACCGUGAACUCCGCUACACAAUAACCCAGCCCCCCACUGACACUGACAGUAACCACCCUCCAGAUGUAUACGGAGCCCGCCUUGGAUCCCUCGUGCUGACUGAGGAUCACUCUGUGGAAGUCACGCACUUCACCCAAGCCCAGAUCAAUCAUCACAAGAUAUCGUACCGUCCCCCACAGGAAGAACUGGGAGUGGCUCCUCAUUUGAUUCAAUUCCAGUAUCAAGUGCAAGACGCAGCUGGCAAUGCUGCUGAAGGGACUUUCACCAUCUAUCUGCAGCCUGUGGAUAACCAGCCUCCUGAAAUCACUAAUACUGGCUUCAAUUUGCCUGAGGGAGGCAGCCAUGUCCUCAGUCCAAAUGAGCUGGAUGCCAGUGACACAGACACUGAGCUUGCCCAUCUCAGGUUUAUCCUGACCCAGCCUCCUCAGUAUGGCCAGUUGCAGCUUUCUGGGUACAGUUUGAUUCCAGGAGGUGUCUUUGGCCUGGAGGAUAUCAGGCAAGGGAGAGUGGUGUAUGUGCACAGUGGAGCUGAGACCAACAGUGAUACCUGUGGGCUUGAUGUGAGUGAUGGCGUUCAUUUUGUGCCUAUCACACUAAAAAUGAACGUGCAACCAGUUGAUGAUGAAGUACCUAGGCUACGGUUGCCUCCAGGCACUCUUGGUUCCUACUUAGAUGUUCUGGAGAAUGGUGCUGCUGAAAUCACUGCUAAUGUCAUUCAGGGCACGGAUGAGGAUACAGAUGACCUUAUGUUGACCUUCAUUGUAGAGGAUCCUCCUCAGCAUGGGAACAUCUUGGUCCAAGGGGUGCCUGCAGAGAGAUUUUCUCAGAGAGAUUUGCUGGAUGGUGCUGUGGUGUAUGCUCACACUGGUGGUGAAAUAGGCCUUCUGCCCAAAGAGGAUGCCUUCAACCUUACUUUGUCUGACCUGUCUGAGGAGUGGAGCGUCAGGGGCAGUGUUGUUCAAGGAGUUUCAGUCUUGGUGACCAUUCUUCCCGUUGACAGUCAAGCCCCAGAGAUUUUUGCGGGAGAGCAGUUCAUAGUAAUGGAAGGUGACAAACGAGUCAUUACUCCUGCUCAUCUCAGGGCUGAAGAUGUGGAUACUCCUAAUGAUGAUAUAUUGUGCACCAUUGUUGCUCAGCCCUCAUCUGGGUAUGUAGAAAACAUCUCUCCAGCCCCAGGAUCUGAAAAAUCCAGAGCAGGUCUGGCUAUAAGCGCUUUUACUUUGAAAGACCUUCGUCAAGGGCAUAUAUUUUAUGUCCAAAGUAUACAUAGAGGUGUAGAGCCUGUCAAAGACAGAUUUGCUUUCCGCUGUUCUGAUGGCAUUAACUUUUCCCAAAGGCACUUUUUCCCCAUUGUAAUUAUACCAAUCAAUGAUGAAGAGCCUGAAAUCUUUAUGCGAGAGUUUGUUGUGAUGGAAGGCAUGAGCUUGGUUAUCGAUACCCCUAUCCUCAAUGCAGCUGAUGCGGACAUCCCUCCUGAUGAGUUAUUGUUCACAAUUACGAGACUUCCCAGACACGGCCACAUUGUGAAUCAGCUGGUCAACGGAACUGUCCUAGUGGAGAGCUUCACUUUGGAUCAGAUAACAGAGAGCUCCAAUAUACUCUACGAACAUGAUGACUCUGAGACAAAAGAGGACAGUUUUGAGGUGAAACUCACAGAUGGUAAACAUACUGUUAGGAAAACAGUACUCAUCAUGGUUGUUCCUGUAGAUGAUGAGACACCCAGAAUGGCCAUCAAUGAUGGUUUGGAGAUUGAAAUGGGGGAAACUAGAACUAUCCAUAACAGAAUAUUGAAGGCUACUGACCUAGAUUCUGAAGAUAAAACCUUGACAUACAUUAUAAGAUAUGGACCAGCACAAGGCCUCCUGCAGAGAAUAAAACCUUCAGGUGGAGUUGAGAAUAUCACCUUGGGGAUGAACUUCACCCAAGGUGAAGUGGAUAGAAACUUAAUUCGAUAUAUGCAUUUUGGCCAACAAGGAGUUCGUGAUCUUAUCAAAUUUGAUGUGACAGAUGGAAUAAAUCCUCUCAUUGACCGCUACUUUUAUGUGACAAUAGGUAGCAUUGAUAUUGUCUUCCCAGAUGUAAUCAGCAAAGGAGUUUCUUUGAAGGAGGGAGGGAAGGUAACCCUUACUACUGAUUUGCUUAGCACAAGUGACCUGAAUAGUCCAGAUGAGAACUUAGUUUUCACUAUUACCAGAGCACCAGUUCGUGGUCAUCUUGAAUGCACAGAUCGGCCUGGUGUACCCAUCUCUACUUUUACUCAACUCCUCUUAGCAGGCAAUAAGGUCUACUACAUUCACACUUCAGAAGAUGAGGUGAAAAUGGACAGCUUUGAGUUUGAGGUGACUGACGGCUAUAACCCUGUAUUUCGUACUUUCCGAAUUUCUAUCAGUGAUGUGGACAAUAAGAAACCUGUUGUCACAAUCCAUAACCUGGUGGUGAGUGAAAAUGAAUACAAACUGAUAACCCCAUUUGAACUGACUGCAGAAGACAGAGAUACGCCUGAUGCAUUGCUAAAAUUUAUCAUCACUCAAGUACCUGUUCAUGGUCGGAUCAUGUUCAAUAGCUCCAAACCAGUCACCACCUUCACUAAACAAGAUCUAAAUGAAAAUCUAAUCAGCUACAAACACGAUGGCACAGAAUCAGUGGAGGAUAGCUUCUCCUUUACUGUUACAGAUGGCACUCAUACCGAUUUCUAUGUAUUCCCCAACACUGUGUUUGAAACAAGGAAACCCCAGACUAUGAAGAUUCGAAUAAUGGCUGUGGAUAACAGUGUACCUCAGAUUGUGAUAAACAAGGGUGCUCAGACUCUCCGCAUUCUGGCCACGGGUCACAUUGGGUUUCUGAUUACCAACAAAGUGCUUAAAGUGGAAGACAGGGACAGUUUGCAUGUUACUCUCAAGAUCAGAAUCACAGAGGCUCCACGCCAUGGCUUCCUGAUCCACCUGGGGAAAGGCAACCAUAGCAUCAGCCACUUCACCCAAGCUGAUAUUGAUGAUAUGAAGAUAUGCUAUGUUUUACGAGGGGGUGACAAUGCCACCAGUGACAUUUUUCAUUUCAUGGUUGAAGAUGGUGGAGGCAAUAGGCUGACGAAUCAACAUUUUCGCCUAAACUGGGCAUGGAUUUCCUUAGAAAAGGAGUAUUAUUUAGUAAAUGAAGACUCCAAAUAUCUUGAUGUUGUUCUUAAACGGAGAGGUUACCUGGGAGAAACGUCUUUUAUAAGUAUUAGCACCAGAGAUGGUACUGCCAAGAAAGAUAAAGACUUCAGAGGAAAAGCCCAGAAACAGGUGCAGUUUAAUCCUGGCCAAACCUUAGCUACAUGGCGAGUACGGAUUUUGAGUGAUGGUGAACAUGAACAGUCUGAAUCCUUUCAAAUUGUUCUUUCUGAGCCUGUCAUGGCUGUUCUGGAAUUUCCUGAUGUAUCUACAGUGGAAAUUAUUGACCCAGGAGAUGAAUCAACUGUCUUUAUUCCUCAGUCCACCUAUACUGUUGAAGAAGAUGUUGGUGAAUUAUUUAUUCCAGUCAGAAGAAGUGGAGAUGUGAGCCAGGAACUGAUGGUUAUCUGUUACACACAUCAAGGAACAGCAUCUGGCACUGCUCCAACUUCUGUACUCUCUUACUCUGACUACAUAUCCAGGCCUGAGGAUCAUAACAGUAUUCUACGUUUUGACAAAGAUGAACGAGAAAAAAUGUGUCGGGUUGUCAUCAUAGAUGAUUCCUUGUAUGAAGAGGCCGAGACCUUUGACGUUUUGCUAAGUAUGCCGAUGGGUGGAAGAAUUGGUGUAGAAUUCCCAAGCACUCGAAUUACCAUUGUACCUGACAAGGAUGAUGAACCAUCGUUCUACUUUGGAAAUGAUGAAUACUAUGUUGACGAGAGUGCUGGGUAUGUUGAGGUACGUGUCUGGAGGACUGGAACUGACCUGUCUAAAGCUGCCUCUGUGACAGUGAGGUCUCGCAAAUCUGAGCCAAUAACUGCAGAAGCUGGAGUAGAUUAUGUAGGCAUCAGUCGUAAUUUGGAUUUUUCCCCUGGAGUCAAUGUGCAGACAUUUCGUGUGGUAAUUCUUGAUGACCUUGGACAGCCAGUUUUAGAAGGAACUGAGAAGUUUGAGCUGGUGCUAAGGAUGCCAAUGAAUGCCGCCCUUGGAGAACCCAGCAAGGCCACCAUCUUCAUUAAUGACUCAGUGACUGACUUGCCUAAGAUGCAAUUCAAAGAAUCUGUGUAUGUAGGCAAUGAAAAUGAUGGACAGAUUUCUGCCAUGAUAUACAGGAAUGGAGAUAUCCGAUACACAUCCACUGUGAGAUGCUAUACACGGCAAGGUUCAGCUCAGGUGAUGAUGGACUUUGAAGAGCGUCCUAAUACUGACAGUUCCAUCAUCACAUUCCUUCCUGGUGAAACUGAGAAGCCUUGCACGCUGGUGCUUAUGGAUGAUACUUUCCAUGAAGAAGAGGAAGAACUACGACUGGUUCUUGGCACUGCAAGAAGUGAUUCUUCCUUUGGCGCCUCUAUUGGCGAACAAAAUGAGACCCUGAUAAAGAUUCGGGAUGAUGCAGACAAGGCUAUUAUUAAGUUUGGUGAGACCAAAUUUAGUGUGAGUGAACCAAAGGACACAAAGCAAGUAGCAUUAGUAAAAAUCCCAGUGCUUCGCCUGGGAGACACUUCCAAGGUUUCUGUUGUGAGAGUUCAUACAAAGGAUGGAUCUGCUACUUCUGGAGAAGACUAUCACCCUAUAUCAGAAGAAAUUGAGUUUAAGGAGGGCGAAACACAGCACUUUGUGGAGAUUGAAAUCCUCUUUGAUGGAGUAAGGGAGAUGAGAGAAGCCUUCACUGUUCACCUGAGGCCCGAUGAGAACAUGGUCGCAGAAAUACAGACAGCCAAGGCCAUUGUUUACAUUGAGGAAAUGAACAGCAUGGCAGAUGUCACCUUUCCCUCUGUCCCUCAAGUUGCAUCCCUGUUGAUAUAUGAUGAUACUUCUAGAUCCAAAGACAGAAGCAGUCCCAUAGCUGGCUAUCCUGUCAUCUGUAUCACAGCUUGCAAUCCUAAAUACGAAGAUUUUGAGAAAACUGGUUCGAUAUGUGCCAGUGAGAACAUCAAUAAUACUCUGACAAGAUACCGAUGGCUUGUGAGUGCCCCUACUGGUCCUGAUGGUGUGACUAGCCCCAUGAAGGAGGUUGACUUUGAUACCUUCUUCACUUCUUCCAAGAUGAUUACACUUGACUCCAUUUACUUUCAAGCUGGUUCUCGUGUCCAGUGUGCAGCUCGUGCAGUGAAUUCAGAUGGGAAUGAGGGUCUUGAGCUUAUGAGCCCUAUUGUAACUAUAAGCACAUCAGAAGGUGUUUGUCAACCUCGUAUGUCAGGGGUAGUUGGAGCAGAACCAUUCUCUGCCAAAUUGCGCUAUACUGGACCAGAAGAUCCUGAUUAUGCCAAUCUCAUCAAAUUGACAGUCACAAUGCCACAUAUUGAUGGCAUGCUGCCUGUUAUUUCUACAAGAGAGCUUUCCAACUUUGAGCUGACACUUAGCCCUGACGGAACUAGAGUUGGAAACCAUAAAUGCUCCAACCUAUUGGAUUACACAGAAGUGAAGACCCACCAUGGUUUCUUGACUGAUGCUACCAAAAAUCCAGAUGUGAUUGGAGAGACCAUUCCUUAUCAAUACAGCCCAACAAUUAGAGGCUUCAAUACUUUACGCUUCUACCGCAAUCUGAAUCUUGAAGCCUGUCUAUGGGAGUUUGUUAGCUAUUAUGACAUGUCUGAACUCCUCACAGACUGUGGAGGCACCAUUGGGACAGAUGGACAGGUUCUCAACUUAGUACAGUCCUAUGUCACGCUGAGAGUCCCUUUGUAUGUCUCUUACGUUUUCCACUCUCCAGUGGGUGUAGGAGGGUGGCAGCAUUUCGACCUACAAUCAGAGCUCCGUCUGACUUUUGUGUAUGACACUGCCAUCCUGUGGAAGGAUGGGAUCGGUAGCCCGCCUGAAGCAGAGCUUCAAGGUUCCCUGUACCCAACCAGCAUGCGUAUUAGUGAAGAGGGGCGCUUGGUUGUCAACUUCAAGACUGAAGCUCGGUUUCAUGGUCUGUUUGUGAUGUCCCAUCCUGCUUCAUCUCUAACUUCCAUGGUUAUGUCAGCUGAUCACCCAGGCCUGAUGUUUAGCCUCAGCCUCAUCCGAAGUGAGCCAACGUACAACCAGCCAGUACAGCAGUGGAGCUUUGUUUCAGAUUUUGCGGUUCGAGACUAUUCUGGAAUGUACACUGUGAAGCUGAUAGCUUGUACCACCACUCCAUAUCAGGAGUACAGCCUACCAGUGAUCUGCAAUCCUAGAGAGCCAAUCACAUUUGAUCUGGAUAUCCGAUUUCAGCAGGUCAGCGACCCAGUGGCUGCUGAGUUCAGCUUGAAUACCCAGAUGUUCCUCCUCUCCAAAAAGACACUGUGGCUAUCUGAUGGCUCAAUGGGCUUUGGGCAAGAAAGUGAUGUUGCUUUCUCAGAAGGUGAUAUAAUAUAUGGUCGGGUGAUGGUGGAUCCAGUGCAGAAUUUGGGUGAUUCCUUCUACUGUAGCAUCGAGAAGGUCUUCCUAUGCACAGGUGCUGAUGGAUAUGUACCGAAAUAUAAUCCAUCCAACACUGAAUAUGGGUGCCUUGCUGAUUCUCCAUCCCUUCUGUACAGGUUUAAGAUUGUGGACAAAGCUCAACCAGAAACUCAAGCCACAAGCUUUGGAAAUGUGCUUUUUAAUGCAAAACUUGCAAUAGAUGAUCCUGAAGCAAUUCCACUAGUUAAACAGCCAGGCUCUGAUGGAUUUAAAGUAGAUUCAACUCCUUUAUUUCAGGUGUCUUUGGGUAGGGAGUGGUAUGUCCAUACAAUCUACACUGUACGUUCAAAAGAGAAUGCUAACCGCGGAAUCGGCAAAAGAAGUGUGGAGCGCCAAUACCACUUGCUUUUCAGUGGUGGGAGCCCAGGAGAAUCCAUGCAAAGACGUCAGAAGAGGGGAGUUGAGCAGUCCUCAGAGCUUGCAAAGGAUAUUGGAGUAGAAAGCAAACGAGGAACAAACAUACAGCACAUAGCACUAGAUCGCACCAGCAAGAAACAGGUUCCUCAAAGGGAGGUUGUGGUCAAUGGGGUUCUCCCCAGGGAACUGAAUAGCGAAAGUGUAGGGGUCAGCGUAGUCACAAUCAUUGGUGGAGCUGCUGCCAUUCUCCUUGCCAUCUGCUUAAUUGCAAUCAUCAUUUUGCUGCUAAAAAGGAAACAAAAUUCUGAGAAGAGGAAAGCCACAAAGGAUCCAGGCAGCAAUGAACCAAUGAUGCUACCAUAUAAUUACAGCAGUGACAGCUCAGAGGUUUGAUUCCAAGACUGCGGUAUUCAAGCCAGAGUCUCCAGAGUGCCUCAAAAAAACCCUCAAACUGCACUUUGUUAGCAGCAGAUCAUGGUGACUCAUGAGGAACAAAAAGUUCUUGUGUUUCUAGGUGUACUUGAAAUUUUUUAUCCUGAACUCUUGCUGCCAUUAUCAUACAAUAGAAGAAUCCAUACUGAAUCUCCCACUUUACACAAAAGGUAGUCCUGACACCCCUAUAUCAUGCACUAAUCUUAAGCAACAAUUCAAGGAACUGCAUUGUAAGGGAGAGAUUUGGGUUGGGUUUUUUUUUAUUUUCUGACAUUUAAAAAAAGUAGAAGAAAUUAUCCAAAGGUGCUAUAUAUCCUGUCUAAUGAGAGAGGAAAUCUGUUUCUUCAGAAACAGAGAAUACUUGAGAGGAGAAAUCCUUACACUCUUUAGUUAAAUUUUGUACUGUUUCUCACAAAGAACUCAGUGUCUACAAUUAGUUUGAAAGGUGAUGAAAUGCCUCAGGCAUGAAUCCUGCCUCCUAUAAGCUUUUGAUUUCAAUUAACCUAUACUAGUGAUUUUUAUUAUUCUUUUUUUACUUACAUGUAACUGAACUUUUUCAAAAGACAGCUAGAUUAGACAGCAUAACAGCAUGCCACAGGAUGCAAUACAUACUUUGUAUUCAGCUAUUUAAUUUGGGCUUUUUUCCUUAUUUAUAUUUGUAUAAAGCCAAAGAAUACAACAAAUCCAGAAAGAAUUUUGGUUUUUUGUAGAAACUGGAUGCCUAUGUCUCUUAAGUUUAUAAUGGAUCAUUAAAGUGUUGUAAGGUAGAUUAUAUUUGUUAGUACCUAUCCACUGCUGCAAAAUGCAAGCUUUAGUAUUUCAGUACCUAGAGGAAGUUGAUAGAAUUAGAUUCAAAAUGCAGAGGCCAAGGUUCUGCCUGAAUUGAGCCUAGAAAUCAUGAUGCUGGAGGCAGCACGUGAUAGUCAGCUGUCGUGUUAAAUGGCAGCACUGUUACAACCCAAAUGAGGGAAAUUAGGGGGUUGUAACAAAUGAAGAAAAAAAUAACAUUUGAUUGAAUCAAGUAGUAUUUAUUACUGCAGCAGUUCUUGACAAACAUGCUGGGUCAUUGUUGGGCAUUUUUUAACAAGGGAUUACUUUUGCAAGAGUAAUUCUAAAUUUCUCUCAGCAUUCUUGAUUUAGGUCACAUGACAGCAUGGUGUUCCACAAAAGUUUGCAUCAGUGGUGUCCAUGUCAGUUCUUAUGCAGAUGGGACCUGCUCUGUCCCAAAGGUACCUUGCCAAAUGCUUGGCCAUGAAAGCUACAUAACCUUCAGGACCGAUUGUCCCAUUUGUCACAAAAGUUUUAGAAAACCUAGUAAUUGUGCACACUCAUCCUCUGGGCCAUAAAGACUUAGAAACGUUGGAAUCUCUUAGCCUAGGAAUAUCUGUGUUUUGAUUCAUGGUACAGUGUGAAUAUGCCCACAAAAGGGACUCAUGCUGAUAUCUCUUGCUCUGCAUUUAUGUUGUUAUGAAUUAACCCAUUUAAGAAGAUUGAAUCAGUUUUUCACAGAAUGAAUGUGGUUAGACCCUGUCCUACCUUUUCUCGGUUUUCUGCAGACUGAGGUUCAGACUGCUUAAUUGAAGGGUGUUUGCAGCAACCUAAGGGUCAAACUCCAUUACUAAAAUUAUGCAGUCAUCUUUUAUUUUAAUUAAACUGAGUUCUAGCCUGAAACAAUUAUCCUCAAGAUGUGCCCAGUGCAUUAGACCUUUUCCCUAGUCACCUGACAUUAAUUUACUCUUUUAAUGAAGUUCCUGGUUUUGUGAUCCAUGUAUUAUGUGUGCAAGAUUGAUCAAAGACUUAACCCACAGAUACUUUUUAUUUUUAAAGUUCACAACUAAGUUGUGAAUGUAACGUAAGAUCGAAUAUGCCUUUGUGCCUAUGUGUGAAAUCACAAUGAUAAUGAGAAAUGCAGAUUUUUUUCUCCUAGAACCUGCAUGUUUGGAUAAUAGCAGUCAGUGAUUCUGCAGUAAGGUGGAACGUGUGUAAAUAAUAGAGCAUUUUAAUAUUUAUAAAAUGCCUGUUUUGUAUAAGCAGAGAAGAUCUUUUUAAAAAUGUAUAUAUAAAAAUACAGAAAUUAGGUGUUUAUCAGUAGAGCUAUUUUUCUGCUUUUGAAUUUUAACAGACUGAAAUAUCAUUAAAGUUGCUUGCAGGCAAAAUCUUUCUUAAUUAUUAUUUCUUUUUAUAAAAUCAUGUAAAAACCCAUGUAUUCUACAAGCCAAAUAUUUAGCCUGAUAAACAACUUGAUCACUUCUUUAAAUAGGAUCUGAUUACAACUUUGUAAAAUGUUUUGUUUGAUGGGGAUUAUCAAACCAAUGUUUUUCUAACAGUCUAUGAAAUAGUACAAACUGGUGGUAACAAAGAAAAAUGCAAAGCAAAUACUGAAAAGCUGGAUAAGCAUGAGUAAGAUUCAUCAGUCAGAUAUCAAAGUCCUCUGCCUGGGAAAAAAAACCCAAUGUUUUCAGUAUGGCCUGCAGGAUUUGUCCCAGUCGUAAGAAAUUGGAUUUCUCACAAUUCAGUGAACUAUAAAUAUGUCUGUAACAGCGUGCCUUUUUUAUUAUGGCUUCAAGGAUUUAGGUUUCAGCAGGAUGUUUUGGAGGCUUAUUAACAUUUUCCCUUUUACUUAACAAGUGGCCUUGUUUAUACUAGCCUGAAUAAGUGCCUCAUUCCCAAUUAUGUGCACAAGUAUGUUAGUAUUUGUCUAUCCAUGCAAUAAGUUGAGUGUAUUUUAUAAAUAUAUUUAAUCUAUUUCCAGAUUAUGUAUUCAGUCCUCUUUUUCCUGGAGUUGCUUAUCCUGCUAGAAGUAAUAUCAUUUGUUAAAACUUUUAUACAAUAAUUACUGUGUUUAAAUUUGUUAUCAAGCUGUCAAAAAUCUUUCCAUGCAUAUUUAUUUGGAGCAAUUUUUUGCUUAUGUCAUGGCUGUGAUAUUUGGCAUUUGUAU